GGAUCCCAUGUGGAAUGGUGUAAACAGCUGAUAGCUGCGACCAUUUCUAGUCAGAUUUCAGGGUCUGUCCCAUCAGAAGGUGUGUCCAGGGACUACAGGGCACUGCGGGAUGGAAACAAACUAGCACAGAUGGAAGAGGCUCCACUUUUUCCUGGAGAAUCAAUCAAAGUUAUUGCUAAAGAUGUUAUGUAUAUCUGUCCAUUUAUGGGAGCAGUCAGUGGUACUCUAACAGUGACGGACUUCAGAAUGUAUAUCAAAAGUGUUGAAAGGGAUCCACCUUUUGUUGUUGAUGUUCCCCUUGGAGUCAUAAGUAGAGUUGAAAAAAUUGGAGUACAGAGCCAUGGAGACAACUCAUGUGGUAUCGAAAUAGUUUGCAAGGAUAUGAGAAAUUUGCGGCUGGCCUAUAAACAGGAAGAGCAGAACAGAUUAGAGAUCUUUGAAAACCUUGUAACAUGUGCAUUUCCUGUUUCUAAUGGGCUGCCUCUUUUUGCAUUCAACUAUAAAGAAAAGUUUGCUGUUAAUGGCUGGAAAGUGUAUGAUCCAAUUGUGGAAUAUAAGAGGCAGGGCUUGCCUAAUGAGAGUUGGAAAAUAUCCAAAAUUAACAGCACUUAUGAGCUUUGUGAUACGUAUCCUGCUAUUCUUGUUGUGCCAACCAGUGUGAAGGAUGAUGACCUCUCAAAAGUGGCAGCGUUUAGAGCAAAAGGCAGAGUUCCAGUGUUAUCCUGGAUUCAUCCUGAGAGCCAAGCAACAAUAACACGAUGCAGUCAGCCAUCAGUCGGCCCAAAUGAUAAGCGUUGCAAAGAAGAUGAAAAAUAUUUACAGACAAUAAUGGAUGCCAAUGCUCAGUCACAUAAACUGAUCAUCUUUGAUGCCAGACAGAAUAGUGUUGCAGACACAAACAAGGCUAAAGGUGGAGGAUAUGAAAGUGAAAGUGCCUACCCAAAUGCAGAGCUGGUCUUUCUGGAAAUUCAUAAUAUACACGUGAUGAGAGAAUCCCUGCGUAAACUUAAAGAAAUAGUUUAUCCUACUAUUGAUGAGACUCGGUGGUUAUCAAAUGUGGACUCCACACAUUGGCUGGAAUAUAUAAGGCUUUUGGAAUCUGAGUAUCUGGAAACCUUUUCUGAUCAGCCUGGCAUUAAAUAUGAUAAUCAGUUUUUAAAAGUGGAGUUGUUUGGGCUGGUGAUCACCUUUGAUGUCAUCAAAGUCAUUGACAUUGACUUCGGUGGGGUUUCUGAGCUUGGACCUGUCUGA